AUGGCUUCCCAGGUGGAGACCGUGGUGGUGUCUUGCACAGGGGAGGACAAGACCCUGCGCACGCUGGCGGGAGAAUAUGUGGAGGUGGGCAGCAACGAUGGGCGGAAGACGUACCGGAAGACCCACCAGAUCAAGGUCGUGGACCAGUACUAUGAUGUCUUCAUCUACUACUGGGAUGACAAGGAAGCGGAGGAGUGGAAAGGAUGGUGGUUUGGAGACCAGGUCGGCGGCCUUCAGGUCUGGUCGUUUCAGAAGAGCGAUGCAAUGAAGCCGCCCCAGGAAGGCUGGCAGGUGCCUUUCGAUGGGCCAGUUCGAUCUGAGCUCAAUGUGCUGGUGAAUCCCAAGGUGGAGCCAACGGGGGUGACCAAGGUGCCCCCUCCGCAACCCAAAGCGUCAGUGCAGAGCUCUGUCCGGCCUGCACCGCAAGCGAAGUGGGAAAGCACCAAAGUGGAGCCGGAGGUGGUGGAGGUCGACGAUGAGAUGGAGGAUGCAAAAGCAAGAGCUGCAGCUUUGGAUGCCCGGUACAAGCGCCGAGUGGCACAGGCUACAGCCAGGGUCAGCAAUGUGGAAGAGCACUUGAAGAAGGCCUUGGCCGCGCUGGGUGAGCUGUUGCCCACCGAUGGCCAGGCGGUGAUGCAGGCGCGAAAGCAGCUCUUGGUGCAUCAGCAGAAGCUGACGGAGGUGCAAAAGUUCGUGUCCGCCGAGAACUUGGCUGCGAAGACUGCGCCAAUGAUGGUGAGACAGGGGCUGGAGAGCCUCAUCCGCAAGCUCCGGGCAUUGCAGGCCGAGGUCAAGCAGGCUCUUCUGGGCCUUCCCAGUCCGGUGAAGGCUGAGACCGUGCCAACACCCGCCUACACCCCGAUGGAACACGAGCACUUGCAGCAGCUGGAGGAGAUGAUGCCAUCGGUCCUCGAGAAGAUCGACCAAGCGGAGGACGAGGUAGAGAAGGUGACCAUCGCAGCGGCGCCGCUGCAGGUGGAGAGUGGAGAGGAGCUUCGGCCCGUGAUGCUGCAGCUGCUCAAAUCUGCUCGUUUGCUUGUGAAGCUUCAGAAACACACCCCAUUUCCAGCCCUUUCCCGGCCACGCGCGCGACACCGGGACACCGCUGCGGCCGUCGGGCGCCGCGACGGGAUGGCGGGCUUCGAUGGCGAGCGGGGCUCGGUGUGGCGGGCGGCCAAAGCGCAGCUCUACCUGUCCGAGGCGGCACAGGCGCGGUGCCCGGACUUCUCGCAAGGCGGUUGGUGGGCGGCGUUGGGACUGGAGGUGAAGCGACUGGUGGGUGCCGAGCGGAUCCAUCGCAACAAGGAUGCUCUUCGAGAGCUCAGCUGCUUCCAGGAGAUCCUGGGCGAUCUGCACGCGGGGCAGUUCGGCCGCGCGCCCGAGCGGCGGCAGGCGGCCGAGGAGGCGCAGCGGCGCUGGGAGCGGCUGAAAUUGGAAGCGCAACGGCAUGGUGUGAAAGCUGAAACCAUCUGCGAAGUGCCUGCCAACAUCCUGUCCUAUGUGUACAGAAAGCUUGGCAGCAGUGAUGAAAAAAUCACUGCGUAG